GUACCGGAAGUUGGUGUCGCUAGCUUGGUACUGUUUGUUGCUUGUGUCACCGGACAGCUCGUAACGGGACUUACACACCAUGGAGGACGGCCUGUUGGACAUUCCUGACAACAACAGCUUCGAGGAUGAAGCUUUCCCUCCCCUCCCACCGCCUCACUCCCCGGGACAGGGAGGACAGGAGGACGGAGACCCUUUUGCAGAUGGGGACAACGAUGGCGAUGUGUCCAAGCUGGCUGACGUUCCUGCUGCUAAGAGGAAAGGAGUGAAGAGGCCGCAGCCCAAACUGGACUCUCAGAGGCUGAUCUCAGAGAGAGGACUUCCAGCUCUGAGGACGCUGUUUGAUAACGUCCAUUUCAAAGGCAAAGGACACGAGGCUUCAGACCUGAAGCUGCUGAUGCAGAAGAUGGAGAACUGGGCCCACAGGUUGUACCCCAAACUGCAGUUUGAAGACUUCAUUGACAGAGUGGAGAAGCUCGGCGCCAAGAAGGAAGUGCAGACGUGUCUCAAACGGAUCCGACUGGACAUGCCGCUGACACAUGAAGACUUUAUGGGCGGUGAAGAAGAAGUGCCUCCUGAAUCACAUGACUUUGGGGAUCCAGAUCCGUUUAAUGAAGCAAGCUUUAAUAACCUGCAAGCGCCGAUCCACUCCACCCCGGCUCCAGCUGCUCCACCUGCUCCAUCCACUCCCUCUCCAGCUGCCCCCUCCCUGACCGAGGAGCAGCGUAAACGCAUGGAGCUGAACAGACAGCGCGCCCUGGAGAGGAGGCUCGCCCGCCAGCAGCAGCACACAGAUCCCUCUGACUCUCAGACUGUUGACUCGUCAGUAGAUGAACCCACGUCUGUCUCCUCUGCAAACGUCCUCAGUGAUUCAAAAGAUCAGGAUGAGGAGGGUUUAGACCUGGAGCCAGUCAGCAGCAGCACACAGCAGCACAGCCAGCCUCCACACACACUCUCUGAGGCUGCUGCUGAAUCUGCUCAGGCUGAGGAAGAGGAAGAAUCCAACCUCAGCACCGUCAAACAACCCAGUGAGCUCCCACAGACACACUCUGAGGCUGUUGAACCUGCUCAGGCUGAGGAAGAGGAAGAAUCCAACCUCAGCACCGUCAAUAAACCCAGCCAGCCUCCACACACACUCUCUGAGGCUGCUGUUGAACCUGCUCAGGGUGAGGAAGAGGAAGAAUCCAACCUCAGCACCGUCAAUAAACCCAGCCAGCCUCCACACACACUCUCUGAGGCUGCUGUUGAACCUGCUCAGGCUGAGGAAGAGGAAGAAACUGCCCUCAGCACCGUCGAACAACCCAGUGAGCUCCCACAGACACACUCUGAGGCUGCUACUGAACCUCCUCAGUGUGAGGAAGAGGAAGAAACUGCCCUCAGCACCAACAAUAAACCCAGCAAUGAGUGUGAGGAAGGAGAGUAAUGCUCAGGUGCAGCACACACUCUGAAAUCAAGAGCUGAAAACUGUACAGACAGAGUUUUCUUUGGACAAGAACUAAACUUAAAUCGUCUCCUUGUAGCCUGUAAAGAGGAACUUAAUUCAGAUUCAGAACGCAGUUCUCCUCGUUCCUCUCUGAUGUUUAUCAUUAAGCGCUGAUCCUUCAUCUGUCGUCGUGUUUGUUGUUGAACUGGAACUGAAUAUUUCCUUUUCAGAUUUUUCCAAGUAUUUACAUUUAUUUUGUUUGACUGACUGACAGCAGUGCAUCAGGCUCCUCUGGCUCCUCCUCCUGCUCCUAAUGACUCCACCACACCUGAAUGAAACCAACCAAUCAGUGCUCAGGAGGAGUCUCUAACAGAGGAGGAGGAGGAGGAGCUCUGCAAACACAACAAACACAGUCGCUCAGAAAAAAACACCAGCGAUGAUAAAACUGUUCGACAGAUGAGUAAACAGAAGACCAGUGGUAGAAAGCUUCACAGAAGAAGACGGUCUCGUGUUAACUCGUCCUCUCUGUGUGUGAUGUUGUGCACGAGCAGUGAUUGACAGCUGUGUCACACUCAGACCACACUACCUGUGUGAGCCGAGCGUGACGACUUCUUCACUGAGCUGCUGUGGCUCUCAUGCGUGCAGCGUUCACUCAGACAGCGGCGCUGCUGCUUUAAUGACUGUAUUUACACAGUUACCAGCUGUUACUGCUCAGACAGGUGUCAGAGACUCCUCUUGGCUCUGAUUGGUUGUUAUAUUCAGGUGUGGUGGACUCCUGCAGAUGUCAUCAGGAGCGAACCUGAUCAUCCGUUUGAUGUUCUGCAGUCAGGAUCCAGUGACAGUUUGAGCAACAAGUAGCUGUGAUGUCAGGAACUACAGACGAGUCGAAGAGAGCCUCGGCCUGUUUAUGUGGUGAUGUCAUCGAUGCAGCCUGUGAGGUCACUGUGACCACGUUCAAACCUUUCAUCUUCUCUGGAGCUUCAGCUGAAGAAACUUAGUCAGUACUUUUAUAAAAUGACAAUAAAUGAUUUCUCACAAAAUGAAGCUUUUCAGUUUCUUCACUCAUCUGUGCACGACUCCUCAUCUUCCUCAUCUAGCCUUAUAUUACAGCUGUGUGUUCUGUGCUGCUGUCCCUUUUCCCUCCAUUAUAGACCUGCCCAGGUGUGCUGCGUUAGUUACCGAGGUGCAGCACACCUGGCAUGGAGGAGGUGUUUAGGAGCUCCUGUGUCAGCAGCAGAGGAGAGAGGCCUCUGGUGUGGGGACUGCAGGUUUUAAGAUCUUGCCACUUUGUAAUUUUGCCUUUUUUAUUUUUGGUGGUAACCCUGAGUGGGGGCACGCUUUGGUGUGUUACAGUUGGCUCCUUCUUUGGAGUUCUGCGACGCACUGAGUUCAGCGUUUAAAG